GGCGCGCGUCCAGGCUCGCGUGCGCGUUGCUGAGUCAGGCGCGAACACCCUCGGUUCACUCCUUUGCUCUCUCGCUCUCUCUCUCUCUCUCUCUCCCUCCCAGCUGUUCUUUGCUAGUGAGACUUUACUUCAUCCGCCGACGUCAUUCAUAUGGUCUGGACACGGAGGCGCGAGUCUGUCCUCUCCUUGUCGUUAGUUGUGUUUCCUACCGACUGACAACUUGUUUGUCUGUUAGCACAUUUGCUGCCCAUGGGCGCUGCUGUCCGCCCGCUCUGCUGCUCCGCCAGCUGGGCUGUCCGGUGCGCCUCUGCGGUCGGUUAGGGACUGUUUCGGGCUCCGCUGUUAUGAAUGAAUAACAAGACGGGGAAAUGCGAGUGAUUGCGAAAUUCCCCAGCAGUGGGGCUCCCGGGGGGGCAGCCACCGAUGAGAGGGAUUGAUGACGGAGUGGAGCCGGGGCUCAUUGCGGAAAAGCCGAGCUGACUGCAGACCGCGAGGGAAACGGGCUCCAUAGCGUAGAGCAGCAGAACAAAACCGCGGUGACCACAAUGUCCAUCCACAUCGUGGCUUUGGGCAGCGAGUGCCCCGGAGGGGUAGGCCCCGGAGAGGAAAUCAUGGGCCAGGGUCAGCUGCAGGGAGGCCUGCUGUGGAGCUACCUGGGUCACGGAGCCCUGGUAGGACCUUGCGACCUGGAGAGCAGCCUGCACAACCCGGCCUUCAUGGAGUACACCUCACGUGUGUUUGGAAAUGUCACUGUAGUGGUUCGGGAUUGUCCCAGCUGGGACUUGUUGGACAGUGAUUGGGCCAGUGUACGAAAAGUUCUUGAGCAAGCGGACAUCCUGGUCAUUAAAUAUGCCGUCACUGACAAGCUGGCCUUCCAGCAGGUCAGGAACGGCUAUGCCCCGAGACUCCGCCCGCUCCUGAGGCACUGGGGUGUACCUGUCAUCCUGGUGGCAGUUGGAGCGCGGCUGAAUGAUGAAGGCCCUCCCUGUACGUGUCCGUUGUGUGCGUCAGACUGGAGCAGCUGUGUUCCUCACAGUGAAGGUCUGCAGCUGUCACGGGACCUGGGGGCCACCUACCUGGAAUUACCCUCUCUCAACCACGUCUUUGUGGGUCGCUACUUUGGCAGUGUGCUGGAGUACUUCAUGAUUCAGUGUCUGAAACAUAAAGCCAAAGAGAGGCCAGAGAAGAGGAGAGGAAACAAAGUGAAUGAGCUUCGUCCACCUCAUUUAGAACAACCAGCUCGUCUUCCACCUAUUCGAGUGGAGGAGUCCAGCUUCUCCCAGGACAUGCAGUGGUUGUUGGAGCGUGGCGUGCAGUUUGCGGAUGUGGCUUUCUAUGCCGGGGACUCUGGGAAGGAAUUGGGGUGGGCGCAUGCGGCUGUGCUGUGUGCUGUCAGCCCAUACUUUCGACAGCUGCUGCUAGGGCCCAAGACCAGGGAACGUCCACAGUCGCGGUGUGUUUGCAGAGAGCGAGAUGGAGGCCCCCAUUCACUGCUUUCCACCUGGGAUGGGGGGAUUAUCAAUGACAUGCCAAGAUCGGACGGGCACCUGACAGGACGCCUCUCUCGUCUGGUGGUGAAGGACCCCCUCCUUUGUCUGUGCUGGUGGGAGACUCUCAUGUUCAUUUACAGAGGAGCGUGGGAGUGGGAGCACCUCCAGGAGGCCCUGGAAGAGAAGCUGAAGAACUCGCUAGCUGUUGCUCAGCUUCUGGAUCGCGUACGAUCUCUCAUCGGCAGAGACAGGGGCUCCAGGGAUACGCCAAGCGCGCGGGCGGCUCAGCUCGGCCCCCAGACUCUUGUCAACCUCUUCAAUUCACCUCUUUACUCAGAUGUCAUCUUUAUGGUGCAAGGGAGUGUGUUGCCAGCCCACCGAGCGGUGCUGGUGGCGCGCUGUGACGUCAUGGCAGCCAUGUUCAGUGGGAAGUAUGCAGAGGCCCGGAGUCGAGUGGUGCCCAUCCAUGGUGUCUCCUCAGACACCUUCCUGUCUUUCCUGGAGUACCUCUACACCGACUCCUGCUGUCCUGCCAGUGUUCUGCAGGCCAUGGCUGUACUGGUCUGCGCUGAGAUGUACCAGGUGAAACGACUGCAGCACCUGUGCGAGGUCUGUGUGUGCGCUUACCUUCAGAGCAUGCCCAGUAGAGAGCUGGCAUCAACAGGUAUCAGCGUGGUUCGACUACUCCGCAGAGCAAAGUGCCACAAUGCAGAGCAGCUGUACAUCUGGCUCCUCCACUUCAUCGCUAACAACUACCUAAUCUUCAGUCACAAGCCUGACUUCCUGGAGCUCUCAGAGGAGGAGCAUGAGCAAGUGGAGAGGCUUCGUUGGCCGUCCAGAGGCUACCUGCAGGAGCUCAGCGAAUACCAGCAGCGACGGCGCAAACUGCGGAAGUCCCGCUGCACAGUCAUGUGACCCCCACCCCUGGACAGCCAAACCCUGUGAGAAACAGCGGGGGAGAGAAGAUGGGAAAAGCCAGGGAGAGAAUAAUGACAGAGGGGAGACUGGUCAUCAGUAUGAGAGGAAACAGACAGAGGAAAUCUGUUUUUCUGUUCAUUUGAUGGAUGGUGGGCUGAUGCUCAGGACACUAGUGAAGAAGAAAACGACAUUAGACUCCUUACCAACAGGACAGUGUCUUUGAGCAGUGACAUACCCUGCUGUGGCACCCCUCUCUUUUGCUAGAGAAAUGGCGUAUCCUUUUCAUGACUAUACCAACAUGGGCAAUACAAAAUGACUGAUCUCUUAAACCUAGUAUGAAUUUAAUAAGACUAUCUGGCCAUUAGCCAGAAGCUCUACGAAAGAUUAGGUCUAUUGGCUGAUGCAACAUGGUGGAUCUUGAAGAUGAACAGUGACACAAAAUGGCUCCCUCACAAUAACAGAUAUAUUAAAUGACCACAUGUCUGUUGGAUCAUGUUGGAGACUGUUUCAAACUGCAAUAACAGCUAAGGUGACCUCAGGCUGAGUCAACAGGAAAGAAAUUGUGCUGAAGUGGUUUGUUAUCCUCUCAGCACCUGGACACAGGACUGCUCCGUCUUAAAUUCAGCCCAUCUUGAUGCAUCUAUGUCCUGCUGGCUCAAGAAAUUGUGAACAUGCACACACACAGCAUUCUUAAACUAAAAUAACUUUCAGCAGCUCAGUGAGUAUUUCAGCUGAGUUACAUUAACACAGAGCGAGAAGCAACUGGUAGCACAGUCAUGCUCAUUUUCAUCUGUAAUCUAACUAGCUCUGUUUAGCAUAUGAGCUGGACCAAUUCAAUGACAGCUCUUUGAUUAGAUUCUUUCAGAUCUAUAAUGCAGCAUCAGUGAGUGUCUCAGAGCCAGACUGAUUUGAUUACUACAUGAGAUAGAAUACAAUCUGGUUAUGGCCUGUGUCCAAUGAGGACAUCUUACUUUCACUGAGAAAUGUCUUAAAAAAAAUUUCUCAAACUACACAUGGCCUGUAAGAAAAUGAAGUGUGCUGUAAAUCAAAUCCAGAAAAAGUGUAUUUUUAAACUUAAUUUAAAACCCAUCAGCCGGACGUUUACACAACUUCCUUUGCAGGUCAUUAUGAAAUAAUGUUAGAACUAUUCCUCAUAGAUUUGCAAUAAUAAACAGUAAUGGGCUGUCUCUGUCACAUAAAAAGGCCUUUUGUAGCAUUAUGUAUACAGAAGGUGUACAAAGAUUUAGGUGGAAAAAAACAAAACCAAAAGAAGUUGGUAUGAUUGAACCACAAUGCCUCUGGGUGGAAACACAAUAUUUAUUUUAUCCUAUUUUUAAUUUAUAAUGAGACUAUGAUUUAUUGGUGCUGCAAUUACUUUUGUAAACUAUAGGCUAUUGUGUGUGGACAUUUGUUUUUUUUUGUUUUGUUUUUUUUUUACAUUUACAGUAAAGUCAGCUGGGUCAUACUGUUUUACAGGUGAGUGUUCAGUGCUGUUUAAAAGAUAAUGAAUCAUAAAAACUGCAGUUCAAGAGGACAGAACAACUUCCUGUGUCAGAUACAUGCUCAACACAAUGAAAGCAAAACAGAAAAGUAGUGGCACUUGGAGCCUAUUCAGUGGCUCAGCAUUGGUCAUUAAAAGCUG